AUGGUGCCUCUUCCGGUGCAGCGCGUUACGCCCUAUCUGCGACCAUUUAGCUCAGUAGGUAUCGAUUAUCUAGGUCCGAUAGAAGUUACUGUGGGGCGAAGAAGAGAAAAAAGAUGGGUUGCGGUGUUCACCUGCUUGGCCGUACGAGCGGUACAUCUAGAAGUGGUGCCUAGUCUUUCAACACAAUCCUGCUUGAUGGCUAUCCGAAGAUUCUGUUGUAAACGAGGAGUACCACAGGAAAUAUUCUCAGACAAUGGGACAUGCUUCGUGGGUGCUGACAACGUACUAAAGAAGAUAAAUAGCGAUUGUGCAACCAGUAUUACAAGCGCUCCCACAGCGUGGCACUUCAAUCCUCCGGUGGCGCCGCAUAUGGGCGGUAUCUGGGAGCGAAUGGUGAGGUCCAUAAAGGAGGCGAUGAAGACGCUGGACGAUGGACGAACGGUAUCCGACGAGGUUCUGCAAACAACGUUAGCGGAAGCUGAGGAUAUAAUUAAUACCAGGCCGAUAACGUAUAUGCCACAAGACUCGGCAGAGGAUGAAGCGAUCACUCCGAACCACUACUGCAGACUUGAUCGUUUAACCACUGAACGCAACGCAAGCCUUACGAGACACUUACAAACGUUCACAGUUGUUAGAAACCUAUUUCCUUUGUUAAUGAUGUAA